AUGAGCACCAGCCUGAGAGUACUUGCACAGAGGGCCUACCCGCGAUCAGUAUUCCUGUCGCAGGCACGCGCCGUCCAAAGCAGCUUCACAGAAGAUGCAAGCAACAAGUCCAAGGAAAUGGCGAACACUGUCAAGGAAAAGAUUCACGAGGCCGGAAGAGCUGUUAAGAACGUCGCUGAGAGAGUUUCCGAUAAGGCUGGCGAGCUGAAGGACAGAGCCAGCCAGCAGAUGCACGAAUCAACAGAAGCCCUUAGGGAAACUGCAGAUAAGGACAAAAUUAAGCAGAAGAUCAAUGAAGGAGCGGAUGCCCUAAAGGGCAAGACCGAUGACGGUAGGGUCAAGGAGAAAAUCAACCAAGGAGCUGAUGCCCUCAAGGACAAGACUAGACGAUAUUGA